AGGCUCAAAGGUGCCGCCGCCAUGGCUUUCCCGCAGCGCGAUUUACAUCUUCUCCUAUUCCCGGUACUGUACCAUGGCAUUUCAGGUCUUUUCGUGAUCUGAUCGUCUACCAGGCAACAAUUCAGCAUACAGUAUCGACACGGCGCUGUGAUAAGACUUGGGCCAUUCCCUCCCUCCUACCAAAAUACACAAGCCCAGAAGGAAUCUCAGACAGUGAUUUCCCGAGUAACUGAGUCCCAUUGCGCGCUUUUCUCACGUAAUUCCUGCUGUGGUGCUCGCGUCACGGGCCAUCCGCACCCUUUUCCCGCACCCUGCCAUAUCCCAAAUAUCCCUGACAACCACCCUUCUCUCCCAUAGUUUCCCUCCUCCCUUUUCCACCUUCAUCGAACCACCACGACAACAAUCACCACAUACCCACACACACACAAUAGUCGCAAUCGGAAAAACCAGAAAUGGAUCACUCAACCCACGACCACCAUGCACACUUGAUGCACGCUUCGGCAAACAGCAACAUGCAUGCAUCCCCGGGAGCGCACAAUUGUCAAAUGAGCAUGUAAGCCCCCUUCCCCCCUCCCACCCCCCCACCCACUGCUAGCUAACAAGCCCAGGUUCUUCACCUGGUCAACCAAAGACCUCUGUCUCGUGUUCCGCAGCUGGCACGUCCGCAACACAACAACGUUAAUCCUCUCCCUACUAGCCGUGAUCGCGCUAUCCGCCGGCUACGAGUUGGUCCGUGACUUGGCUCGGCGGUACGAGGCUCGCGUUGAUGGGGCGUUAUCGAUAAGUAGUUCCCCCACCCUGCUUCCACUUUGACCUCCCGAGAACAGUCGGUGACGUGACAACCAAAAAAAAAAAGGCGAAGAAACGAGCUCAUUACUUCCAGGACGCGCGGGUGCAGUUGCGGGGGCUGGUGAGGCUGGGAGGAAGAGAAGAAAUGGAAGGAUUGGGAAAGCAAUGUUUUACGGGGUGCAGGUUUUUUAUAGCUUUUUCAUCAUGUGAGUUUGCCGCAUUAAGGGAGUGAGGGGAGGGCAGGGGCUGAUGAGGGAGGGGAUAGGUUGUUGUUCAUGACGUACAAUGGUUGGGUCAUGAUUUCCGUUGCUGUCGGGUCGGCGAUUGGGUAUACCAUUUGGGGGGGGUCCGGGGCUGCAAAGAGUGUUGCUUGUCACUAGGAUAGUUUGGUUGCUGGCGAGGUGGGGAUGGAGGGGUAGAGAGGGGGGAGAGGAGGAAAGAGAUAUAUAGCAGGGAAUUGCAAUUCGGAAUCCUUUC